AUGGCUAAAAGACAAGCCGUAGAGGCACUUGAUCGAACAAUGGAGGAUAUCACGGGAAUAAAGCAACCAUUUGGGGGGGAAAUAAUGGUUUUAGGGGGUGAUUUUAGACAGGUCUUACCAGUUAUCAAAAAAGGAACCUGUGGACAGAUUGUGGACUCCAGUCUGCGAAUGUCACCUCUUUGGUCCAUGUCUAAAAAGAUGCGUUUAACUGUAAAUAUGAGAGCACUCACGGAUCCAUGGUUUUUAGAUUUUCUUCUACGUAUCGGUGAUGGAGAAGAAGAAGCCAUAGAUGAAUUCUUUAUUUGUAUACCUGGGGAUAUGACUAUACCGUACACUAACCCAGAUCAAGCAAAAAAGGAUUUGAUUAAUGAAAUAUUCCCGUCUAUGGAACUCAAUGGCUUUUCUUCAGAUUACAUAAUUUCCAGGGCAAUCUUAUCGACUAAAAAUGAGAAUGUUGACGAAAUAUAUGAUGAGCUAAUCGAUAAAUUCCCCGGAGAUGAACAGGUCGACUACAGUUUUGAUGAGGCAGAAGAUGAUACGUACAACCAUUAUCCCAUUGAAUUUUUAAAUUCUCGCAACGUUAGUGGUUUGCCCCCUCAUUGUCUACGCCUCAAAGUUGGAUGCCCGGUUAUACUUUUGCGUAACAUCGAUCCAUCGAACGGAUUAUGUAAUGGCACAAGAUUGAUAUGCAAAUCUUUUCAACGUAAUGUGAUCGAUGCAGAAAUAGCCGUUGGUGAACAUGUCGGGAAAAGAGUUUUUUUACCAAGAAUUCCUCUAUGUCCAUCUGAAAAUGAUAUGUUCCCUUUCAAGCUAAAAAGAAAACAGUUUCCGAUUCGCCUUAGCUUUGCGAUGACCAUCAACAAAGCUCAAGGCCAAACAAUUCCAAACGUGGGUAUAUAUCUACCAGAAUCGGUAUUUUCGCACGGUCAACUUUACGUGGCACUAUCAAGAGGGAUAUCACGUGAAAAGACGAAGGUUUUAGUUAGGCCCGUGAAAGACUUCAACAGAUCUGGAGUAUACACAGCAAAUGUUGUGUAUAGAGAAGUGUAA